AUGAAUAGAAGCGCCAAUUCUCGCAGCCGCGCUGGAAAGCGAAAUGCGACAGCCUGCGAGCACUGUCGCGCUGCCAAGGCCAGGUGCCAGCCAAGCGAGCAGCCUAGUAUUUGUCAAAAGUGCUUUGUCGCGAGAAGAGAGUGCAUCUGUCGAACCAAGGCUCGCCCGCGCAGAGUACGGCCAUCACCUACUCCCAAGGAGGCAAAGUUCAAGUCGCAACCCAGCACUCAGCCUGCAACUUUCACCAUCGCCACGUUUCUGCCGGCACGAUCGCACAGAGAUGACGAGUACGAGGACUUGCGAGAAAUCCAUCGGCAUGCAUUCACCAAUGCACUCGAUGACGAAGAUUCUGCUCAGGAAACUCCGAACUUGAGUCAUUCAGCAGCCACCCCGUCAGUUACCUCAACCACAGCGCGUGCCGCGGCAGACAUAUGGCGCAAGCCUCAGUUCAACACAGCUUCAGCCCAAGAACUUCUCAAGACCUUUGUCAGCAUUUCAGAAAAUCUGCCGUUUGUCAAGCUACCAAACGAGUGUACCGUCCCUCAACUGGCUGCGACGCAGCCUUUUGUUCUGCUCGCCAUCUUGACAGUGACGUCAGGGUUAGGGUCAGUUCAGAAGCAUUCGCUGUACGAUGACGAGUUUCUCAAGAUUUUGGGACUGAAAUAUGUCUCCGGGGGAGAUGGGAGCCUAGAGCUGCUGCGCGGCCUUCUUAUUUACUGUGCAUGGUAUCCGUUCCAUCUCAAGCCCAAGAACUCUCAGUUGGCUCGGUGCAUGCGCAUGGCUGCGGGCAUCGUACACGAUCUGAAUUUGGAUGACGAUUUUCUGGCAUUUCAACCUUGGGAGCAAGGGGUGCGUGCUGAUGAUCUGGACAGGAUUCGCACCUAUCUCGCCUACGUCUAUCUUGUGUCCACGUAUAUUAUUGUGUGGAAAGGCGACCGAUUUGUUAAUACUCGCCAGCCUCCCUGGACAACUGCAGCGAUCGAUAUUCUGGAGCAAUAUGCCGAGACCGAUGACGAUCGUAAAUUGGCCAUCUUGGCGCGCGUUUCGACUCUGUUCGCGGAAGCUGCUGGAGCCGUCAAUGGUAGAGACAGCGCGGAAGCACGCAGUAGCCAGCUUAUUCUGUGUCCAGGCGUCUUGGACGACGUUACAAUUCGCCUGCAAAUAAUGUACCUCGAAAUAUACCUCGAUGUUGGAAGUCUACUCGCCUUUCCUGUCGCAAAAACAGCCUUGUCGGCCAAAAGAACGCGCUCCGCACCGCCAACGGCAAAAAUAAACAGCUCGGUGAAGAAGCUUGGAGCUUUCCUACACUUGGUGGCCGAGAUUGACGAUGCUGACAUGCUCGCGUUUACCGUCAGUGACUGGACACGUCUCAUCAUUAUCCUGACUUUGGCUUUUCGUCUAUCCUUUCCGCUCGCUCUGGCGCCGGAAUUCGACUGGCUCUCGGCGCGCAAGGAGAUCCGGCUAGAGCAAUUCCUCUCCGAGGUUUCGCGUGGUGGCGGGGAGGCCGCUACUUCCAGCGGCAUCCUGGCAGCAAAUCGCGUCGUCUUGGGCGUCCUCGGGUCCAAGUAUAACCAAAGAGAGAGGGUGCUUGCGGAAACCGCUCCUGUUGCGGCGCCGCCAAACAGAAGCGCGGGAUGCCCUGUGAUGGGCGGCAGUGGCGGGGUGACGAUUGCGCAAUGGGACCUGAAUCUGGGCGAUGGACCUGAAUUAUCGACAGACCCUGAUAUGCCGGACAUGCUUCCGAUGCUGCACAACAUGUGGGCGACUGGUGGGAUAGCAUGGCAAGACGUGGACAAGAUUCUAUGGGACUCGUUUGGCGAUCAAGUGGGUGGAGACGCGAACAGUUGGGCCUCGCAAUAA